AAAUGGCAGAAGCAGCAGCAUCAGCAGAAAUAUACAUAUAUACUCUUAUAUGUGCAGAAGGCAAAAGAAAUGCGAAGAAAAGUGCAAAGUAAAGCGAAAGUUUAAUUCCAACAACAACUUUCUCAAUAUAUAUAAUUUAUUUUGUUUGGGAUUUUGGCCAGAUGCGUUUGUUAAAUGAUUGCUCCCCGUGUUUAUUAUUAUGGCCCUAUUGAAUAAACUGUUCUUUCCGUCGGCAUCAGCAGCAACAUCAACAGCACCACCACCAUCCGUUGUAGCGUCGGCGUUGUCGUCGGCAUCUACGCAAGCAGCGGGAGCGACGCUGACCUCUGCAAACCAGCACCACCAGCAACAAACAGUAAACUCGGCAACAACACAAACAGCAACAGCAGCUACGCUAAUUGGUAGCCAAACAACUACAACAACAGCCGGCGUAAAAGCAUCGGCAGCAACACAACAAACUUCGCGAAAUUAUCUAAGCCACUUCCCCUUUGAGGGCAGCCAGGUGCGAAUAUUGCUUUAUAAGGAUGGUGAGAGUCGUCGAUUGUUAUUCGAUUCGCAUGCCCUGCAAAAGGUGAUACACAAGGAUUCAUCUUCGUCAUCAACAUCAUCAAGCAAGUUCCUCAAGAAUGAUAAAUAUUCAUCCACAACAUCGUCGCAGCAGAAUGGCAAGAUCCAGGCUAAAGCGGCAGCAGCAGCAGCAGCACAUUCCAAUCAGAACAAUAGCAACAACUACAUUGAGGUGUGCCCCGAAUACGGCUACAAGCACAAUCGACCCAAUGGUACGGAUAUUACACCCUUGGGUGAGAUGGUAUUUGGAUCAUUGCCCAUGUCAUUCUGUGGAACCGCUUUGAAGGUUCAUUGGCUGGCCAAACCAUCAAGAAUCCUUUGCUCUCAGGUGUUUCUAACACCAACCGCCAGUAAUGGAGUAGGCGGAGCUGGGGUGGGGGGAGCCAGUGCUGGACACUCGCCAUAUUCUACGCUUUCAAUGAAUAGUUUGGCAACGCCCCGCAGUUCCAUUUGCAGUGAAUUGGGUUCCAUGGAUGGCCUAUCAAUGAACUCCUUCUCCAUGCCGUUCAGUGUCAGUGUGGGGCGACAGAUGAGUCUAACACCACCCUUGGAUGUGCCGUCUUUGGAUCAGCAGUCGCUUUCGAUUAACUCAUCGUCACAGGAUAGCAGCAGUGGACCACGUUACUCAUCGACCUAUAGCAAUGCCACCGAUUCGGGUUAUUCGGCCAAUGCUAGCGGGGAUCAGUGGUCAUAUCAGUAUUCAUCUACACGCAGCAGCCUGGGCAGUGUACUCUCGUCUUCGGAUCAAUCUCAGUCGGCAGCGGAUGCCAUGCGGAAGCUUAGCAUGGAUUCGGCUAUCUACUAUGCCACAGGCUCACCCCAUUUGGAUGAAUUUGCCAGUGAUGGUUGCCUGCAGCGUCGAAUCUCGCGCAAUUUGCGCACUUCCUUUGAAAAUGAGCAUUCCAAGAAUGAUUUCAUCGGCUUUCUCAGUGAUAAUUAUGGUCCGAGUGGUGUCGGGGGCGGUGGCAACGGCGGCGUUGGCGGUGGCAGUGAAGGAAGCGGCAUGGCUCCACCUCAAUAUAGACGUGCCAGCUAUUCGGCGAAUGAAUCGCGUAGCAAUCCCGAAAUUGGUCGUCGUCAGGCCAAUCUAAGGCGACGCGCCAAAUUGGGACUGGCCGUUUGCAUUACGAUGAGCGAAUCUUUUGAAGAGGAAAUGGAACUCUUUUGUAGCGAACACAUUGCUCUAUUAGAAUCCAUGUUGAGCCGUCUGAGAGCUAGCACAGAGCAUGCCUAUAUCAAUCAUAAAAACUUUUUACAGAUAAUGUUUCAGGCUUGGCAGGAUACACAACAAUGGUUUAACGAUCUCUUCACAGCUCCACGGAUCAAGACACCCGUUUGGCUAAGCAUCACCACCAGUGGCAGCAAAUACUCAAAAACAGUGGCCGAGCGUUUUAUCAAGGAGCUAUGCGAUCUGCUAGCCUUUGCCGACACCAAGGACUCUAAUUUUUUCAUCAGCACCAUGUUGACAGGCAUAUUAACAUAUCAUCUCGGCUGGGUGGCUACAGUGUCUGCUUUCAAUAGUUCCAGUUCAAGAAGAUCAGCGGCCAGUUCGGCGGCAAUUGAGAGGCGUGCCAAGUUGCUGCAGGUAUCCCAGAAGCAUCCGUAUAAUGCCUUGUGGGCCCAAUUGGGGGAUCUGUAUGGCGCCAUUGGCAUGCCCACCAAGCUGGCUAGGACUAUUAUCUAUGGAACUGAGAAAUUGUGGGUGGAAAAGCUAUUGAAUGUCCUGACCUAUUUCAUACGCUGCAGCGAAGUGAGACGAGCAGCCAAAAGAGAGGAUUUCAACAAGGAAAUCAUCAAUGAGUUGGUCAAUCAGAGUCAAAAUCAGGAAAGGCAACACCACAAAUCCUCCCCAGCGCAACUACGACGGACAGGUGGCGGAUUGAGUCGCACGGCCACCUGUAAACAGAAUCUUAACGCCAUUGUGGAUGAUGGCGAUGAUGAUGAGCUACGUAGCUGUUGUGGCCCUGAGGACGAGGUUGAUGAUGAUGAGCUUUUGCAGAGGCAGAACAGUCUGGAUGACACGGUGGACAGCGAUGGCAUGCAGACCUUGAAGAAGAACGAAAUUCCCACUGUGCUGGCCUUUCGUGAUUCGCAUUUUGUGCAGCAGGAAUUGCGUAUUGGCAACUAUCUCAUGGACACGGGCAUUGAAAAGAAAACUCUGCUGGCACGUCAGGCUCAGCAAUACUUUCGCACGGGGAAGGAUGGCCGCAUACGGUUGACAGUUACGUCGCCAGAUAAUGUCGAGAUGUGCAUGGAGGAUGAAUCGAAUGGCACUGGAUCAGUGGGUACUGGUGGCAGCAUCGAUGACAAUGCCAUCGAGGCAUUGGAAUUCGAUGAUGUCGCCGAACCGCCGCCGACUACAGGGAAAAAGAGCUUCUUUUGGAAUAUGGGAGCUGGUGUAAAGGAGGGAUUGAGUCUCAGCGAUUUAAUGAAAUUGCAACAGGGCGUAAAGAUAAUCAAUCGCAAAAUGGAUCGGCGAUGCAGCAGUUUCUCCGUCGAUGGGAAUCCACCAUCGCCCCAUAAACUAGGCGACAACAAGGGCGGGAUUGUAGGGAUUGGCGAAUUUGAGGCUCUUACCUCGGAAAGACGUGCCUCGCAUUUGUCUCUAUCCGAUCUUAUUACACAGAAUAGUAUGGGUAAAUCGGGUCGCAUGACCUGGGGCAUUGAACCCAUCAAGGAGAAUGUCAGUCUGGAGGAGCAAAUUCAUUUUGAUCUCUGCCAUAAGCUUAUCGAACGAGAGCAUGGCAUUUGCCGGCAAACAUCAUCGACAGACAAUGGCAACGGGGUUGUAUUUGUGCUCGGAGAGAAUGAGCCACUGAUUAACAUUAAGAAGAGCAAUGAGGAUCUCUCCGAGCAUGAAGUGAAGCAUCCCCCGUCUAUGCCCAUGCUAUGCGCCCUUCACCAGCGUACCCAUGACAAUGCGAAGAAACAUUCGGGCAUGAAAUUCAAUUUCGAGCAAUAUCCUCAAAUAGCCACCAAUUAUAUGAAGAGCAAGAAUUUACACAUGUCUAACUAUGAUCUGCUAAUGGAUAAGGCAACCAAAUUGGAGGCCAGCGAAGCAGCGGCUCUGAAAACAAGCGAUAGCGCCGUUACCCUUCAGCAACCGGAAUUGGCCACCAGUAGCAGCAGUUCCAUGCCAACUUUGGCCGGAACUCCAGCAGCGGCAGUGACGACCAGUGAGCGGUGUGUAGUCUGCUCGAGCGGUGGUCUAAGCUCCGGUGGCACUUAUCAGACACCAUCGAAUGCCACUGAAUUGGAAUUCGAAACCGAUGACAUGCAUUGCCAUAAUCCGCAGAGCAGCAGCAACAGCAGCGGCUCAAAAAUGCUUCAGCCCGUCAAUUCGGCUGCCUCCAUAGACACCUUAAAAUCGGCACCGGAGCCACAGGGGGCAAACACUUCUACUACUACUACUACUAUUUCUACAAACAUCUUGAAUAGUAACGUGCAACCGAACUAUUUGAGGAAACAGCAGCCAAAGCGUGUGCCUUCGGGACGCAGUUCUGUGUCUUCGGUGGCUGCCAAAUGUGCGGCAGUCAAUGAAGCCCAACAAUUGCUUAAAUUGCCAGUGCCAGGGAUCAAAGAGUUGCCGCAAGAAGACGAGCCACCUGGAGAUCAAGUGAGAGCUGGUUUCAUUCCCUCGCUAAUGUUGAGCGUUAGCGAUCACUAUGUCUCCGAUAUGGUUUUGCAAGGCACAUGCGCUCCACCCAAUAAAUGGGAAACCAAUUUACGUGAUGAUCUUGCGCUGGCCGCGCGUUCAGCAUCGCUUAUAUCGCAGCCAGCUGAGAAUAUAGCCAUUGUGGCCGAUAUGGACAAAUGCGAUGUACGUUUGAUCUCCUCUCAGGCACAGCAAUUCCCUUAUGCUGGAGGCCAAAGUGAACCGGUGGGCAUGUCACAGCUGGUAUCCAGCAUGUUGGAAACUGUACAGGCUAUGCAUGCCGGCGGUAUACCGCCCUAUGAGUGUCUCUCCUAUUUGGAAUCAAAGUUACAGGAGAUUUAUUUGCACUCGGAAACUUUGGCUGCCUUUCUAUUGGAAACCGAUCAUUGCCGCUUGAGUGAUAUAACCAAAUCGCUGCAGCUCUCUGAAAAUGAUGUGCCCCUGCUGUUAUCCAUUGCCUUUAUACAUACACCAAAAAUAAGUCGCAAAUGUGGCAUAAGUUUUAGAUGACAAAUCCUUUGAUGCUAAACACAGAGGACAGGGAUAGUAAAUAAGGACAGGGAUAGGAACAGGGACCAAGAACCAUGAACCAGAGAACAGGACAACAACACAAUCAAUCAAUCAAUUAAUCUAUAACCAAUUAGGAUCGACGACCAUUGCCAAUAUUUUUCAUAUUUCAUUUAUUAUCAUCAUCAUCAGUCUAAACGCGAUGAAAGAAAGCAAGAAGAAAAAAGAGAAACUAAUACUCCAGCGAAUUUGCAUAUUUCACUGAAUUUGUGAUAAUUUAUAUAUAUAUAUUGUACAUAUAUAUAUCUAUGUAUAUAAAUUUUAGCCUAUAUUAGUGGUACACCAAAACCAAUCCAAUCCAAUCAUUCAAAUACUUAGACUCAUCAAAUCUCUAAUCAUAAAUUAGACGCACAUCCAUUAGGAUUUAUCAUCUAAUCGCAAUCAUAUGAAGAAGUAUUGUAAAUUAUUUGAUUUAGUUAUAGUUUUUUUUGGGGCUUAGCAGCGCCACUCGAAAGACUCGCGUCUUUCCACCACUCAUACCCAACCACUGCCCACCACCACCACCAUCUGAUACCCGCUGAUAUCACCAAGCAAAGUGUGUAAGAGGUUUUUUGUGGCUUGGCCACAAACCGGGUGGGUUGGGUAUUGGCUGGCUGGCCACGUUUUCUUUCUUCUUUGUUGUUCUCUUUUCCCCAUCUAUUUCUUUUUUUUUUUUUACUUAGGUUUAGUAAUUUAUGAUAGCCAUAAUCUAAUAUUAGAUUUAAUUGUACGCAAACAACUACAAUGCAUAUAUCAAUAAUUAGCAAUAUAAUGUAAUUUAUAAACACAUUCGAGGAGAAUCAACUAAUUAACUUUACACAAGCAAGCAAACUAAAAAGGAAAUUAUAAGCAAUAUGGAAAACAUUUGUAUACUUUUUGAGAAAAAAAAAAAAAAAAAAAAAA